AUGCAUAUCAAACGAUCGCAGACAACCUCAACGGCGGCCCUAAGAAGCUUUCACACCACGCUCCCUUCCCUUUCCGGAGAACAAACCCAAAAGCAAGGCUCUUCGAUCAAUGCCACGCCGGCCUCAGGGCCGACCUACCACGGCCCGCUCGUGCGCACUUUCGCUCGGCUCAAGCUCUUCUCACUAGGCUCCCUCUUUCUCGCAGUAGGCAUGUGCCCCGUGCUUCUUCUCACCCCGGGAGCGAUCACCAUGGCAGGGCGCAUAGGUCUCUGCGCAACCGCUCUGGCAACUUCAGGUGUCAGUACGGCACUUAUUGCGUGGAUCGGAGGCCCUUAUGUGGGGCGUAUGCGACUUGUGCCUUCUCCAGCUGCGUCGGAAGCGCAACAAUCUAUGAACAAGGAGCAAUCAGGACCAGUACUGCAGCUUGAGACUCUCUCCGUUCUGCUCAGACCGAUCCGAACCAACAUCUACCACCCUUCUUUCGUGAGGAGCACUUCCCGACCAUUCGCAACAUGGGAGCUCGCUUCUUCUGUUCCAUUUUCCCAAGGUAUUCAGUCCUCAUCGUCCGAUGCAGACAUUCUUGUGGCGGAAAGCAUCGAUGUGCGAUCGGGGAAAGUCAAAGGCAGAUGGUGGGCGACUCCAAGUCAGUCCGAUGAUGGGAAAACGACGGGGUCAUUCACCUGCAGGCGCGAAGGCAAGCCGGUGCGGUACUUCAAUGUUCAUGACGAACUCCUGGGAGAAGACUGGCAGAUUUUGUAG